AAUCAACGGUUCAUUUCAGCAAAAUCGGUGAAAGACGAAUUUUUAGGAGGGGAUCAAAAAACGAAAAUAACUGCAAUGUUUGUUCCGGCCAAAUCAAACAAGUUGAUGAUUCCAACAGCUUUGUCACGUGUUACUUAUGCAACAGAAGAAUAUGUCGUGGUGCGAAUUGCUCGAUUUGGUUGGCGAAAUCGGGACAAUGGGAAUGCCAAUUAUGUAACUCCUCGAAGGAGUCGCUAGCACAUACUCAGUCUUGGGUUGCCGAGCAAAUGAGCUUCAAUCAUCAGAAGCUUGUUAGUCCUCUGAGAGCGCGAAGUGAAAUUUACAUACCGAUUGGCGAUUUUAAUGAAAGUUCCAUACAUUUUGAAAGUGUUAGCCAAGUGGGUAUGAAUCUUGAUGUCAUCCCCGCCGAGCAAAAGCUUAAAAUACGAGAGUAUGUGGAGGAAGUGGUGGCCAAGCUGUUGGGUGGUUCACUGGAUCAAAUACGCGUCAAUCAAUUGUCGAAAAGUGAGACUUACUUACAGCUCUUUGAGCGAUAUCACUCAAAAUUGAGUAACAUUUUUAUCAACUUGGAAAAUGAGUUGAGCAAUAAAGCUCUUAAUGGAG